AGGGACAGCGUGCCUCAGCAGCACCUGCUGGGACUGAAAGGCAACCCUUUACGUGGCUCUCAGCGUGUAAUCGUCUCCUCCGUACAAACCACAGUGAUGAGACUGACGAAGCCGAUGCUGAGCUAUGCAGUACCAGAUGUUAGGGAUGACACUGGAAGAGAACCUCUCCCAGGACAUCCGCAGCCCAAGAGACCUGCACAGCCUGCUCCAUGGAGAGACGCUACGGACUGCCACAUGAGCUAGGGUCUGUCUCUCCUCCUC